CUCUCGCUCAACGGUGGAGACAGCUCGACUUCUCACGGUGCAAAGUUACAUCGGCGAAACGUUGUGUAAAUAUGUGUUUUUCUAGAUAUUAAAUGUGGUAGACUUCUCCGCCGACAGGUUCUCCACAUGAGAGAAAACACCGACGUGUCUGUGUGGAGACAGGAGCUGCUGCUUUCAGCUUUUUCUGGAUCAAGGUUCAUGUGUGUUUUUUUUCUUCCCCUUCACAGAAAAACAGACGCCGGUCGGAGCGAUGGAUAAAAGACGUGGCUGGCUGUGGAGCGCAGCAGGCCUGGGUCCUGCUCUCCUCCACCAGGGCUGAGGAUCUACAGAGGAGUGAGGAGUCUCCUCCCUCAUCAGGCCUUCCUCAGCAUCACCUCUGCUGUCUUUCUCGCAGUCAUCCUCAUUGUCCAGGCUGUCAGUGUUUAGUUAAGUCUCGGACCUGAAUUUAAGAAGUACCUAUAUUCACAUCUGGUUCCAGCAGCCAGCCUCCUCAGGUGUUUUAUGUCCUCUUGAAUCUGACUCCCAGUAAACCCAGCAACCAUGAGGAGCACCAGAAUGAGCCUUCUGCUGGGCUGCGUACUCCUCUGCUCCGCCUCCCUGCUCUACCUGGGCAUGAGCGGGAUAGAGUGCCCUCCGAAAAGCCAUCGGUACCGGUGGAUGGAGUUCACCAUGGGCUCAUCCAAUCAGAGCUUGUCCCUGACUGAACAUUUCCCUGAAGACACGCCCCUCAUCUUCAUCGGAGGCUUUCCAAGGAGCGGCACCACACUGAUGCGCGUCAUGCUGGACGCCCACAAUGCUGUGCGAUGCGGGGAAGAGACCCGGGUGAUUCCCCGCCUCUUGGCCAUGCGAGCCACCUGGAGCCGCUCAGUUAAGGAGAGAAUACGACUGGACGAGGCCGGUGUCACUGACCAGGUGUUGGACUCAGCCGUGCGAGCGUUCUUGUUAGAGGUCAUAGUCGGCCAUGGGGAACCUGCGCCUCGCCUUUGCAACAAGGACCCGUUCGCCCUGAAGUCUCUUUCAUAUCUGUCACACAUCUUCCCGAAAGCUAAAUUUGUGCUCAUGCUACGAGACGGACGGGCAACCGUCCACUCCAUGAUAUCACGCAAGGUGACCAUCUCUGGCUUCGACCUGACCAGCUACAGGGACUGCCUGACCAAGUGGAGCAGCGCGGUGGAGACCAUGUUCAGCCAGUGCCAGGCAGCCGGAGAGGGCAGAUGUCUGCCUGUCCGCUACGAGCAGCUCGUUCUCCACACAGAGGAGGAAAUGAGGAAGCUGCUUCACUUCCUAGAGCUGCAGUGGGACCCAUCAGUGCUGCACCAUGAAGAGCUGAUUGGAAAGGCUGGGGGCGUGUCUCUGUCCAAGGUUGAGCGCUCCACAGACCAGGUGAUGAAGCCGGUGAACACAGACGCCCUCUCCAAGUGGGUCGGGCACAUUCCCUCGGACGUGUUAAGUGACAUGGCUGAAAUCGCCCCCAUGUUGGCCCGCCUGGGCUACGACCCCCACUCUAACCCUCCCGAUUACACAAGACCACAGCCCAUGGCGUCUCCGUUCAACUACUCACAGAGUUGGAAAGCAACAGAGACGCCACACCCCAGUUAAGUGAAAGAGGCUUAGCUGUUACACGAUAUGGAUGCACCUUAAACACGGACUUCCAGUUCGGCAAGUGUUCCAUGUGUACUAUGUGAAUUGUUUUUAAUGCUCAUGUACAUGGAUGAAGUGUGUUAAGUACGGACUCAUCACGUGGUUUGGAGUUUAUGGUUUUUGUCUCAGCUCUUACAUACCAUGUGUACGACGUGCUGAAGGACGUUCGCUGCUUCUCACUCGCCAACAUUUCCUCCACGGUGAACCGACAUUAUUACACUGCAUUUUGACGCGUGUCCUCUCACCUCGUACGUCAACAUGCCUGUAUGUUGUUAUGAUUCACCACAAAUGUGAAUGUGUAAUUAGACGAUUCUUUCACUUACUGAGAGUUCAGUCAGUGUUCAUGAAGACAUUAUGACUGUAUAUUUUUGAAGACUUGUGUUUAUUUUCUUAAUAAAUUAUUUUGGUGUUGGCCAUUCAUUCAGGAAUUAAAGUUGUUUAUUCUGAAUUGAAGCUUUUUAAUUGUUGUAUAUUGUUAAACAUGAAUAAAAAGAGCCUAAAUGUCA